GUUCCCAAACCGUCGGGGGUCAUCACCUAUCAAAGAGCUGUUACGUGCGCUGAGCGUUUACUGUGGUGCUGAGCACUGUUCUCGUUGUUGUAUUUUGGACGGAGUUGUGUACGUACGCUAAAUGUUGCGUUACGCUGUUGUGAUCGCUGUCGUGAUGGCAGCGACGUCGCUGGCUGUCGAAGGAAACGACAUGGACUCUGUCUACUUCGACCAGAAUUCGAAGCCUCUUAACAGAAACACGUGGAAGGCGGGCAAAGUCGGAGAGAUAUCGUUCUCGUUUAGGACGAAUCGACCGAAAGGAGUAUUCUUGUAUCAAGGGGGCCGAGAUGGAAAUGGACACUUUUUUUCCGUUGGUCUCAGCGGAGGGAUUGUACAGCUGUUGGUCAGCGUCGGCGGCGAUAAUCUCCUCUUCAUGGACACGGCAAGGACGGACGAUUGCAAAUGGCAUCACGUAGAAGUCGUCAGGGACGGUUUGGGAAGGGGCGAGUUGGUGGUUGAUGAGCGCAGUCUUCGGCUGAGUUUCAACGACCCGAAGGGCAAUUUUAACAUGGGAGGUCUUUUGUAUAUUGGUGGAGUGAUGGAGGACGCGAGAGCGCAUCCGUUCGCAUUGGAACGCUUCGGGGAUUCGUACUUCGGUUGUGUUGGAGGGCUUAGCCUUCUCUCCAAGCCUAUCAGUGUGAUUGAGAUUGCAAAGAAACAACCGGAUCGGAGAGUUGGAACAGGAUGCGAGACAUUGACCUGUGGAACAACGCAAAAAACCACAACCAGUUGUGAGGAUGGUGAUGACAGCAUUACGUUUGAUGGUUCCAACUCCUACCUAAACUUCCCCACUUGGACAUCCGGCAAGAAACGAGGUGAGCUGUAUCUUAAAUUCAAAACAACGCAAGCAGAUGCUGUGCUCAUCAACCAGGAAGGCAAAUUUAGGGAUGACUUCUCUGUUCAGUUGAGGCGUGGAAUGGUGAUGGUCACUAUGAAUGUGGGAGGUGGUCCUUCUGAACUGGCUGCCGGUAGAGAUUUAAAUGAUGGUAUGUGGCAUGAUCUCAUGAUAUCUAGAGAGGGUGCCCAACUUUUUGUUACUGUGGAUAAGGAUCGUCAGUCAACCGAAUUAGCAGCAGUAAAAAAAAAUGAGUCUAGUAACACAUUCUUUGAGGCUAUAGGCCCUCUGUCAUUUGGCGGUGCAAGCGAUUUGAAGAAUGGCGAAAAGUCAUUUACAGGUUGUAUAAAGUCAUUGCAAAUUGGUACGAAGAUGAUGAAUCCUAUGGCAGACAGUGAAAGUAACAAGGGAGUCAUGGCUGGUUGUUGUACUAUGCCAGCACAAAACUCCACCACCAUGAAGCCGACAACCAUGAAGCCAACGACCAUGAAAGCGACUACUGAGGAACCAACAACCGAGGAACUCACAACUGUGGCACCCACCACCAUGGAACCAACUACUGAGGAGCCUACCACCAUGGAGCCCACUACUAUGAAGGCAGAAGUACUGAAGCCAACAUCUCAGGAUCCAUGCCCAUUUGACGAUUCUGAUUGUGAUGAAGAAAGUGGAGAUGGUGGCAGUGCAAAGGAUGAAGUAACGAGCGCUCCAACUGUAACCGAAACCGUAAGACCAAGUGUCAAGAUUAUUCGUUCUACCACUGCUCCUCCAAGAGAGAUCUAUAUGGCAACGUUUGUAAAGGGUAGCCAAAUCAAGUACACUCCUGCUAAACCUCUUGUUUUUCCUCAGCCACUCAAGGUGAAGUUUAGCAUUGCUACUGUUCAGUCAGAGGCAGCUAUUAUACACAUGGCAGCGAGUGCAAACAGCGGGUUGUUGGUGCAUCUCACUGGUGGGCGUGUUGCUUUAUCAUUGGUUGAAAACAAAGUUCGUCAACGUAGAACAUUGUACGAAGAGUCAGUGUUUGUGUCAAGUAAGAUAAAUGAUGGGUCGCCACAUUCUAUUGAUUUAGAGAUUGCUACUGCUAUGGUGACAACAACUGUUGAUGUUUUUGAGCCCAUGGAUGCCGAGUUGAGAUUUAAGCUUCCUUUGCGCAUAGUUUCGGUGCACAUAGGAAAGUCUGAGGUAUCAGGAGUGCCGGGCUUUGCAGGUGUUAUGAGGGGUGUAGAGUUCAACAACAUGGACAUUUUGGCUGAAGCUGCAAAGGGACACAAGCUUAUUAAGAUGGUCGAUGUUGAACUUGUUUCUUCUGCUACAAUGCCUCCAAAAGGUGUAACGAAGACGGAAGCGCCAACAUCGGAAAUGACAGAAAUGCCUUGUCAGGAAGAUGAUGAAGACUGUGAUCCAGGUAGUGAGAUGAGUGGCUCUGGAAUGACAACAGAGCCGUCAGUGUCGAUACCGCCAGAUGUGAUAUUCAAGCCAAACAGCAAUAUGGUUUACGAACCAACAGAGAGUGUGACACUUCCAGAGCCAUUGGAGCUUGACCUCAACUUUGGCACUGUACAAGAGGAGGCCUGUCUUAUGUACUUCAAGGCAUCGGAAGAUAGUGGCGUACUACUACAUCUUUCCGGUGGUCGUGUGACACUGACUCUCAUAGAGAAUGAGAAUACAAAACGUGGACGAAGACAAGUCAAUGGGAAAACUGUGACCUUGACUGGCAAGGUUAACGAUGGUUUGUCUCACGCUGUUCAGUCCACAAUCAGUGGAACCAAGGCGAAGACAGCAGUCGAUGGAGGGAAGUCAAACACGGUGACAGUGCCGUUUGACAUUCCUCAAUCUGUUGACUCACUUCAUGUAGGCUCGUCUCCUGUUGCUGGGGUUCCAGGUUUUGAAGGAAGAAUGGCGGGUGCUGGAUUUAAUGACUUGAACGUUAUUGAUGAAGUACGAAAGGGCAACCCAGAUGUUACAGCGAAGGGAAUCACUAUUGGAUCGGUGACACCAACACCUAAGGCAGUCUCUAUGGCUACUACGAAAGAGUCGGUCACAACCACUUCACCUCCCAAGACAAAAACGGAUGCACCUAUUUCAAUCAAGAUUGAUGUAGUAACUACUAAACCACCUGCGAAAGGCACAGAGCAUCCCAAAACAAUGACAGACAAACCAGGUCAGGUAACCAAGAAAUCGACAGACAAACCGCGAACAACACCAACAACUGAUGUGAAUAACAACUUUGCAGUAAACGAAGGCGCUUCAGGACUGAGCGGUGGAACUGUUGCAGGAAUUAUCGUUGGCAUCGUGCUUGCCGUGUUGGUGCUUACUGCUGUUUUGGUGUUUGUAAUCAUGCGCUAUCAGCGACGAGAUGAAGGUUCGUAUACACUCGAUGAAGAAUCACCCGCAAAGAACGGAGUUCCCAAUAAUGCAAAGGCAAAGGAGGCAGAUAACCAAGAGUGGUACAUGUAAUUUACCGGUAAACAUUUACUGAAUCAUAGAGUGGGCAGCACAGUAUGGUGAAUGAAUGGAUUACUGCAACUUGCAGAGUAGAAUGUAGUGAGGAAAAAGUGGGAUUGACAUUGGAGGGUCGGUAAUGUAGAUUGGUGUUAAGCUUUUAUUGGGUUUUGUUGGUGCUACAGUAUUGUAUUGUAAUGAAUAAAAAUCAAAUAUAUAUCGAG